AUGCGAAGGCUAUCAUGGCACUAUCUACUCCUCUGCCUCUUCCUGUUGGACUUGAAUUUUCAAGUUAUUUCCUCAUCUCCUUAUAACUCCUCUUCUCGUUCAAUCAAACUUUGCUCCCCUGAGCAAAGCUCUGCCUUACUCCAUUUCAAGAGCACCUUAAAAAUUCAUAGUUAUUCUUACUAUCUUUGCGAAGAAUAUUAUUAUCCUAAGAUAGAUUCUUGGAAAGAGGGAAGUGAUUGCUGCUCAUGGGAUGGGGUCACUUGUGAUAGCUACACAGGUCAUGUCAUUGGCCUUGAACUUUCUUUAAGUGGGAUCCAUGGCACUAUCAAUGACAAUAGUAGUCUCUUCCUCCUUCGCAAUCUCCAGAAGCUCAAGCUUGCUUGUAAUAAUUUCGGUGAAUCCAUUAUCUCAUCGAAGUUUGGUCAAUUCACGAAAUUAACCCAUCUUAACCUUUCUUCCUCCGGAUUCCAUGGCUUAGUUCCAACUGAAAUCUAUCACCUAUCUAAACUUGUUUCGCUUGACCUCUCUGGUGGUAUUUCCCUUAGUUUACCUAUACUGAGCCAACAUGUUUUUAAUAAGCACUUACAGAAUCUUACAAAAUUAAGAUAUCUUCAUCUAGAUGGUGUGGAUUUGUCUUCAGUUGCACCUGGCUCCUUGUUGAACUUGUCUUCUACUUUGAUAUCUCUUUCAGUUGGCAGUACUGGUCUGCAAGGCAGGUUUCCAAAUGAUGUUUUCCGCCUUCCAUUCCUCCAGAAGUUGCGUUUGACCGGAAAUGAAAAUCUUAGAGGGCAGAUUCCAGAUGUUUUUGGCAACCUCAGCAAAUUAACUGAUCUAGAUCUUUCAUUCAACAAUUUCAGUGGUCAGUUGCCAUCUUCAGCAUUCGACCUCCCACAACUUUCGGUUUUAGUCUUUUCUGGAAACCAAUUUGAAGGUCACAUUCCAUAUCAAGUAAGUGGUCUUUCAAAGCUACUUUCUCUCGACCUAUCUGGUAAUUUUCUCGAUGGAAGAGUUCCAUCUUGGUUGUUUACUCUACCAUCUUUGGAGACAUUGGACCUUAGUUAUAACAAACUCACAGGUCCAAUUGAGGAGUUCCGUCAGCCUGGUUCUGUGAAUUUUGUUUCUUUAAUGAAUAACCAAAUUCAAGGUUCAAUUCCAAAUUCCAUGUUUGAACUUUUAAACCUUACAAACCUUGACCUUUCUUCCAACAAUUUGAGUGGCAUUGUGAAACCAGAAAUGUUGUCCAAGCUCAAAAAUAUAAUUAUGAUUGACCUUUCCCAUAACACAUUACUAUCUUUAGUUACCCCCAAAAAGGCCAACAUUACCUUGCCUAAGCUUGAGGAGUUCGAUUUCUCUUCUUGCAACAUAACCGAAUUCCCUUUCUUCUUAAGAACCUCAGAAGACUUGAAUAUUUUAGACCUUUCAAACAAUAGAAUUCACGGCCAGAUUUCCCAACAACAAUUGGAAUUAUUUCAAAAUUUAUACUAUUUGAAUCUCUCUCACAAUUCUUUGACAAGUUUUGUCUCUUUUGGAAAAGUUUCCACGAUGAAUCUAGUUGUUCUUGACCUUCAAUCCAACUUGCUCCAAGGCCCACUUGUGAUGGUAGAUGCACCUACUAUGGACAUCUUAGUAGUUUCCGACAAUAUGUUGAUUGGAGAGAUCCCUCUGAUCUUUUGCAACUUGAGCUAUCUUGAUCUGUCUUACAAUGGCUUUAGUGGAACCAUUCCACAAUCAUUAGCUAAUAUCCAUAUUCGAUACCUUGACCUUAAUGGUAAUAAGUUGGAAGGGUCAUUACCACAUUCUUUGGUUAAUUGCAGUAAGGUGGAAGUUCUAAAUGUUGGAAACAACAUGAUCAAUGAUACUUUCCCUUAUUGGUUAGCAAACCUUCCAGAAUUGCAAGUUCUGAUAUUGAGAUCUAAUAGAUUUCAUGGUUUCAUUGGCGAACCCAAGACAAGAUUAGCAUUUCCAAAAUUGCGAGUACUUGACCUCUCUCACAAUCAAUUCACAGGUAUUUUGCCAACAAGAUACUUUGAGAAAUUUAAUAUGAUGUGUGGUAAGAAUAAUGAAGAUGAAUUGGAUUACAUGGGAGAUGAUCCAAAUCCAAUUUUUCUACCCUAUUCGAAUGGGCCGAUCCAUGCUCAAUACUAUUCCAUUAGUUUGACGGUAAAAGGCGUUGAUAUAAAAAUGGACAAGAUUCUAACCAUUUUCGUAAUGAUGGAUUUGUCAAGCAAUCAAUUUCAAGGGCGAAUACCAACAGUAAUUGGAAAGCUUAAGUCCCUCCAAAUCCUUAACUUUUCUCAUAAUAACCUUAUAGGUCAUAUUCCACCAUUAUUGGAAAAUUUGACAAGUCUUGAAUCAUUAGACCUGUCAUUCAACAAGCUUGUUGGAGAGAUUUCUAAUCAGUUGGCAAAUCUAACAUUUCUUUCUGUGUUGAAUCUUUCAUACAAUCAGCUUGUGGGAUAUAUACCUCAAGGAAAUCAAUUUAAUACAUUUCAAAAUGACUCCUACAUUGGAAACUUGGGGUUGUGUGGAUCCCUAUUGUCAAAGAAAUGUGGAAAUGAUGUACCAUCAUCACCAAUACCGUCCAUCUACCAUGAAGGAGACGAUGAUUCGAGCUGGUUUGAUUGGAAAAUCGUUUUGAUGGGUUACGGAUCCGGAUUGGUAAUAGGCUUGUCUAUAGGAUACAUUGUAUUCACAACAGGAAAACCUUUAUGGUUUGUAUUAGUGGUUGAAAGAGUGAGACUCAGAAUCAUAGCAAGAGUGAAGAGAACCCAUCUAAAAAGAAGAAAUUAG